UCUAACCCCAGAUUCUGUGAUGAGGUCGUGUGGGUAAAUUUGUGAUUUUGCAAGAAAGGUGUUUGAUAAAUAACACAAAUAAAACCAUCGAAUUCUAUUUCAUUGCAGAGUAAUAUAGGGAAAUAAAGACAAUAAAUAAACUAAGAAACAUUUCAUGAUUUCAUUAAUGCCAAUUAAACCUGAUGUAACCCAGUCAUUUUGACUUUUAUAUCAAUAUUUCGACGGGUGGUUGUAACUUUGCCAUCCUCAAAACUUCCUACACGGAGUGCUGGAUAAGAGAAAAUAAUGAAAACAUAGAAAUCUGACUUGACUGGGAAGUUUACAUCAUCAGCACCACAGCAUCUGUUGAUCCUCGAUAAAAUGGAUGAGUCCACUGAUGAUUCAUUGGACUUGGUAAUCGAUUCAGAGAUGCUGAAUGAAAUUGAUGUGGAAAAUGAAGCGGCUUAUUUGGAAAGCGAUGGCCAAAGCGGUUCAAGUUCGAAUGGCAUUGCAACAUCAUCAUCAACAACAAACACAUCACCUCCAAAGCAAAUGAUAGCUCCAGAAAAAAGAAUUGGUCCACCUGAUAUCAAUGAUGAGGCAACAAAUUCCCCUAAGCCGGAGAGAAAGAAACGCCGUGGUUAUGUGGAUGGUGAGGAAGAGCAAGUCCCAUUCAUGAGUUACGAACUUCAGCAGGGAUACAGAAUCUUGAGGGAGUUACUCUCUGAUGCCAACAAGUCCCUGAAUUUCCCUUUCAUUGAAGAAGUUGACGUGGAAAAGUUGGGCCUGUGGGACUACUAUGAAAAGAUAGAGCAACCAAUGUGCCUCAAGAAGAUGAAAGAAAAUUUCCUCCAAGGGAAGUAUGACUCAAUUACACAGUUUGUGAGUGACUUUCGCCUGAUGCUAGAAAACUGCUACAGAUACAACGGACCAGAUCAUUAUGUAUCCAAGAAAGGACAGAAGUUGGAACAAGUCAUGGAACAAAAACUCAGCCUCUUAUCCAGGGAGUUGAGAGAAAAGACUACAUUGGAUGCAACAAACACAGAUAGCAAGGCUGGCAUGUCGUCUGGUAUGUCUGAUAGCGAUAUGGAUUUCUUAGAUUUUAAAGGGAUCCGUCGGCGAGGUCGAAUCAUCCAGCCACACGACUCGACAGCCUUGCUGAACCAGCUGCGCAGGGAAGAAGCACUGAAGGAGAAGGAAUUCCGUCGCCAGCAGAUCCUUGAGAAGAAGCAUGAGAAGGAACAAUACUAUCAUGAUUUGGUGAAGUGGGACGAAACGAUCAUGGGAGGACCGGAGGGGGUUGCACAGAUGAAAGCCAUGUGGGAGUUGCCCAACAUUGGGUUGUUCCUCUUCUUGUGCCAAGAACCACUCAGAUUGUGGGAAGUGCCUCAGUUUGAACUAGAGCGUGCCUUCUAUCUUCCAAGAGAGAGCUCCACCAUGCAACGUGUUAUGACCUCCUUACUGAGAACGCAAAGUCAACGCAUCAGAGAUGUGAAGAAGCCAUUGUUUACUUACCGUCAGUGGAAUUAUAAACUGAAGGCAAAGCUACUCAAGUGGUACAAGACACUCGAGGAGAGGAAAAGUGCAGAAAUGGCGUCAAGAGCUCUAGGCAUAGACCCUUGGUUCUUCACAGUCCUUGGCCAGAAGAACCCUCUUGAGAAGAAAUGGUUCCAUGAACUGACAACGUACCAGAGAGUUUGGAUUGUUAAAGCCAUCUGUGAUCAUAGCUUGGAAUUUCAAGACACAUUACGAGAAGCAAUCGAGUGCAAUCAUCCAGCCGACCAGAAGGAGUAUCUCCUUGGCACUGACGGUGAAGGGAACACAUACAUCCAUUUCCCUCAGUUCUGCGGCCAAGAUCUUCGAAUAUAUCGCCAGUCGCCUUUCAAGUAUCCGAAGUUUGAUAAACCAAAACCGAAACCAAUUGAAAUAAUCAAAAGGCCUCCGUAUGUGAAGAAGUCUGCGCCGUCUUCUCCCAAGAAAUCGCCUGCAAAGAGGAAACGUGUUUCAGACCUUCCCUCCACCCCCACAAACCGCCCAAGCAGGCUCAGACAGGUGAUAAAGCCCGUUCUGAAGCCACAGACUCCGGACACUAGUGAUAUUGAUGAUGAUGUCCAGUCGUUGUCCUCGUAUUGCAGUAGUACGGAUACCCGGGCCGCACGAGCGUUACGCCGGGAACAGGUCAAGGGAAUACAAAUGGUGCAUUCGAAGCAGACCCUGGAUAGGAUGUUGGAGAAAGAGAGGACCAUGAUGGACCUCUUGGAUGGGGAGGAGACAAGCAUGGACUGUGACAGUCUCGCCUCGUUCAGUGCAAAACCUGACUUGAAAAGUCUAGAAAAGGCAAAGCAGAAAUUAUUGACCGAGGACACACACACUGAUUCGUGUAAAGAUGAAGACCAGGCAUCAGUGGGAACGGGGUCACAUUUUGAGAAUGGUGAUGGCGAUGAUACGAUAUCAAGCUUACCUGGUUGUUUUAGUCGAGAAAAGGGCGAUUCUGAAAUGGAGAAUAUGGACUCUGAUUCUUUUGCAGGGAAGUCCUGUUUUGUGCCAAAUAAUGACUCUGAUUCAGAUAUUCCAAGCACUGCCAUUGAGUCAGAUUGUCCUUUUGUUAAAGGUGCUGAAUCUUCCAAGAAUUCAAAUACGGGGGUUGGGGACUUAUCGCCGUUGAAUGGAAACUGUGAUAGCAAUGUGAUGCAGAGUUCUGUUGUAAAAUCAGAGCCUGGUGCACAGAGUGAUGGCGUAAAAAUAGAGCUGGGGAUGGAAAGUGAAACGGUCGAGGCCAAAGAUUCCGAUUCUUCUGACAUGUAUCCCAACGGUAGAGUAAAAUCCGAGCAUAUGGACUCGCAAUCAGUAUUGGAAACUGACGCAAGUCAGCAGAGAGAGGAGAGUUCCUUAGGAGUAGGAAUACCUCAAAUUAAAAACGAACCUGGUGCUUUCCAGGGAAUUGGAACUAGUAAUUUUGGAGUAAGUCAGGAGGUUGACUCUCCAGCGAGUGUGUGGGAAACUAACUCAGUCGGUAGUAUUCAGAUAAAGCGUGAAGUAGAAGAUCACCUUGCCAAUGUUGAUGGUGAGGUUGACAGUAUCAAACAAGAACCAGUUGAUAGCGAGUUUGAAGAACCAAUUGGUGAGGCUGAUAAUAUCAAGCAAGAACUUGUCGACUCUGAGCCAGAAUUCACAUCAGAGACGAAAGAAGUAAAACAGGAGGAUUUUGGUGCUGAUAAUGUCAAACAUGGCGUUGGUGCGGAGCAGGUGGGCAUUGACGACGACGAUGAUGACGUUAGGAUUAUUGGGGAGGAGAAAGUGGACAAAGAUGUGAUGAUCAUUGAAAAGGUUGAGGAAGAGGAAGAAGAAAUGGAGCCUGUGUUACCUGAUUUGGCACAGUUUGAGUUGAUGGGAGAGACGGUGGAGGUAUUGAGGGCAUUGGUAAAGCAGUUUGAGGAACCUGAGGUCGUGACCAUCCGUAAGGGGAAGAAAGAAACCGUAAUCAAACCACCACCGAGAAAAAAGUGUGUUGGCGAGCUUCAUGAACGCCUGGUCUACUUACUGAAGGAACUUGACCCGUGGGAAAACAAACUGAUCCAGGCGAAUCGUAAGAUGAGAGAACGUGUCAAGAAAGAAGUGGAUGAAUAUGAAGAGCCCGAGGAGCCAGAGGAGAUCACCAUUGGAGAUGACAGCAGCACCUCCGGUUCAGAAGACUCCAGUGAUGAUGAUUCAGAUUCUGACUCCAGUGAAACUUCAUCGGAUAAUAAGGCAGCCGAGAAAGGCAAAGGGAAGCGAAAACUAGAGGGAAAUUCAGAUUCAGAAUCGGCCGAUGUCAGUUUGCGUGGACGAACGAGAAAAAGGCGGCGAAUACCAGACAAUGCAGCAGAGGAAUACGAAAAAGGCAUCGCCCGAAAGAAACCAGCAAAGAAAAUACUGCCUUCCACUGCAAAUGAAAGCAAAACUAGUCAAACCGCGAUUCAAUCCGCGAUAAGAAAUCUUCGUCUUCCACCGAACCAUGUUCUUAUAAAAACGUCGCAAGGUUACAGUAUUGUGAACAGUGCAUUGUUGCAAAAUGCUCAGUUCUGUGCCGCAUUGAACCCAACAGUCAUAAGGACUGUUGCACCUACGACAGUAACUUCCAGCACUGUGACGGUGGCUUCAAGUACUAUGCCUGCAAAGACUGUAAUAGUACAGAACGUUUCUCAGCCAGUGGUCAGGGUAGUGACGUCAACUGUUGGUGCACCAUCGCUCUCACCAAGCAGUGCCAGAUCAGUCCUCAUACAACAGUUGAGCAAGCCUCUUCCACAUGGGUCAGAUGAAAACAAAGGAAACAAAAAAGUGACAACAAUUAGUGCCAUACCGAUCUCUGCGACACCGCGUACGUCAGUGUUAUCCGUUCCUCAGAAACCACACGUGGCACAGCACAAUGAGAAGUAUGUUAAUUACAGUGGAUUGGCGGACAUGCCACAGCGCGUUAUUCAUGAUUUGAUUAUGAAACAAAGAAAAUCUGAUGUUCAAGUAAAACCGACACCUACCACAACUCCGGCUGCUAAAAUACUCUCCAGCAUGUUAAGUACACCAGAAGCUCAUAAAAAAACCUCAGCAGUGACGAGUGUCGCCCCCGCAUUGCCAGUUACUAUUGCGUCAACCGUGAAAGUCGCCGCUACAGUGGCACCAGCUGUCGUCACAAGUGUUCUGUCGCUGGCCACUGUCACACAGCCAAUCAACACAGAAAACUGGAACACACUUUUGAAGGCUAAUCCAGGAUUGUUAAAGUUGGUGCAGUCACCACAGAAGUCUUCUAAGUAUGCCAGUAAUAUAACUGUUAAAAGUUUAUUAGAGACUCGAGCUUCAAUGCAGAAAUCUCCGAAAUCAGAGACUGAGGCAUCGCCUUUGACCGUUGUUGUCACAGAGAAUCAGGAUGUUGUAAUGACUGAUGCAUCAACCCCACAGAUGACACCAUUGCCGACGGCACAAGUAGAAACCUCACACAUUGAUCAGAUGGUCAAGUCUGUGAUGUCACCAAUCAAAACCACUCUACCGACAGUCCAGAUCAAGAUCCCUUCACCGAGUACACUGCCUGCUAUUACUCAACACAAUGUGACGUCAACGACACGUGCCAUGAAAGUUCCUAUCCCUGCGGCUAUAUCUCCGACUACAGGGACCAAGUCGAGUAGUGCACCCUCAAUCAAGGUUCAGAAUGCAUCCGCGUUGUCGGUUCCCGGUGCUGCUGCCUCCGCAGGUGGCAAGAUUGUUCUGGGAUCGAAACAGUCAAACCAACUUGCUUCGAUCAUUGGUGGAGAACAAAAGAACAUUGUACUCAAAGUUGUGCCGCAGACCAUCAUGACGACACAAGGGUUGGUUCAGGGGUACGUCACUCCACAGGGGUUGUUCAUUCCGAAACAGAUGCUCAACACCCCCACGGUUCUCUCAGUUAAAGCAGACGGCACUCCAGCUACUGUAUCCUCUGCUUCAAGUUCCCAAGUUAAUACUGCCAAUCAGACUGUAAAGGCCAUAGUGUCUCCUGGUACGGUACAGACACUCACAGGACAAGGGAAUCUUGUUCAGGUUGCGACCAACCCUGCAGUCCCGUCAACUCCAAUUCAGAAAAUUGUUGUAACUCGUGCUGUUGUUAGUGGGUCACAAACUGUGAAUAUCCUCCAAGGACUCAAUCCUGGUGGUCUUUUACAAGUUCCUAUGACCUUGCCUCUAACAGCAGUUCCAGUUGCUGUCAAUAAUCGUGGUGUGGUGGUCCAGAAGCGCAUCCGAAGUCGCGGUGGUAUUAUGACAGCGGCCGUGCGUCAACCUGUGAUGUCACCAACUGUCGCUCGCACUAUUGAGUUUACCGAAGCCAACUGUAGCACAUCGGCUGUCACUGAAGUUUCGCCAUUAACGACGCACAUCACGACGCCAAGUCGGCCAGAGGAUUGGCGAGUCGUUCAAACCAGUGACCAGGCACAGCCUCCCAAGCAAGAAGGUCCACAAGCUGCCUCCUCUUCAUCCAACAGUGAUGGAUUUGCUGAUCUCAACUCCAUAUUCGGUAAGACGACUGAUGCAGAUACAGUUGCUGCCUUGCAGUCUCUUGUACAGCUAUCUGGCCUGGUGCCUCCAGAUCCUAUUGUGUCAGCACCAUGUUCAAACAACCGGACUGAGUUGGUAUCUCCAGUGUCAAGUGUUCCUAUGUCGCCUCAACCCAGUGUGGCACAACAAAGUGGUCUUCUUACUUUACCUGGAGCCAGUAGUUCUCAAGAAAUAUCCAAAACUGAGCGUAGUGUUAGCCCGUCUCUUCAUCAAGAUGAUAGAAUGGAAGAAGAGACACCGAAGAAGGUGAGGCCAAGAGGAAAUAUCGGGCUGCAGCAGCACGCAGCACUUCACGGACUGCUGGUUGAAAAGCCACAGGGUGCCAAUGUCUACACUGUUAACAUUGCAAAAACAGACCCAAGUAUGGGACAACUAAGUCAACAAAAGAUUAUGAGCAACCAGAUUACUGCAGAUGUCGCAUCUUCUGUCCAGCAAACAGUCGGAGCCGACCAAGUCGUGAAAAUCUCUCCACAGAAAGUGGCCACUUCUCCAACAUUUCAAGUGACCCCACAACAGUUGCUGGCUUUGCAGAACCAGUUGGGCCAUCAACUUGUUGGGACAAGUAACAGUCAAACGAUGCAAGUGCAACAAGGAAAUGCUGCCAAGAACAUGACUUCAGUUCCACUGGGCAAGCCUAGUGCCACUCCCACAUUGUCUAGGAGUGCUCCUUGUGGAAUUCCAGGGGUGCCUGUUCAAUCACUUGGUAAUGAAGCCCAGGGAACUUCAAAAGUAUCCUUUCAGGUAGCGAGUUCAGUUGUGGCGUCUGCAAAUACUCAAGUCAAUCCUUCAUUAGUUAGUGCCACAGUCCAGCAUCAAGUUAUUGGAAACACUAUUGCUUCGAAGCCGACUGAGGUAAAGAUUCAACCUACAUGUACUGUCAGUCCAGCAUCAGUGGUGGGGCAGCAAAGUGGACAAGCCCCUGGACAACAGAAGUUAAUCUUGUUCAAUAUCGGUGGUCAGUUGGUUACGCCUCAAGGAAUACCUGUCACAAUAUCGCAAGGGGUGGUAAAGAUGCUUCCAAAGACUACGAGUGCAUCUACUUCAGCCUCAACUGCAAAUGCUCUCAAACAGGCUCAGUUACAGCUUGCCCUACAGCAACUUCAGACGCAGCAGCAGGUGCAAGUGAAAGUCCAGGGACAGGCACAGACCCAGGGUCAGCAACAGGCAAAAACAGUGACAGGAAGUUUUGUCACUACAACAGCACAACGCUCGGAACAAUCACAUGAAAGCCAGGUGGUCACCACUCCGGCAAAGCCACAAGCUAGUGCACAACAGAUCUUACAAACGCAGCUCAACCAGGUGCUGCUCAUGAAUCAGAUGAAGCAGUCUCAGGGCUCUCCCGCUGCAGUGAUACAGACCAGUCUGAGUCAGGCACAGCCUACACUGCCGAGCUCCAUACAGGUGCCCCAGAGACCUGUCACCCUACAGCUUCCACAGCAGCAGAUUGCGCUACAGCAGGGUUUCCUACAACAAUUGCAAAAUGUUGGUCAGAAAUCACAACCGGGACAGCUUGUCCCACAGUCUAAUAUCAUGUUGCAAGUGAUGCCACAGAACGCCAACCAUCUUCAGCAAACACAAGUGCAGGGUAUUCAACAGUCAACGCGUGCUGUUCAGCCUACAACAGGAGUGAAACAGGUUCAGCUGGCUACUGGAGUGCAUGCCUCUGUCCAUGGAGGUGCGGUGCAGUUGGGACAGCCGAUAGUUGCUGGAGUGCCAAGUACCAUAAAAACUGGGCAACAAGUUAUUCAGCUUGGGCAACCAUCUGUGCAGCAAGUUCAGCGUACAGUAGUAGUUCCUACCUCCGGGCAACAGGUGCAUACCUCUGGCCAACAUGUACAACAGCUAGUGCAGCUUGGACAACCUACCUCUGGCCAACCUGUGCAACAGCUAGUGCAGCUUGGGCAACCUACAUCUGGCCAACCUGUGCAACAGCUAGUGCAGCUUGGGCAACCUACUUCUGGGCAACAUGUGCAACAGGGUAUAGUGCAGCUUGGACAGCAGUCUCUGCAAAAAGUUCAACAUACCGGAGUUCCAACAUCCGGGCAACAAGUGCAGCAUUUAGUUGGUGGGGUGCACCUUGCACAACAGUCUUUACAACAGUUAGUUGGAGGAGUACAGCGUGCGCAACCAAGGCCAAUCCAGAUCCAGCCCCAGAGUGCCAUGCAAGUUCUGCAGCAAGCUUCCAUAGCGUCUACACAUGGCACUGCCGUGACUGCCACGCAACAGACUAUUCAGGUUCAGCAACCAGGCCAGACCGUGGUCAGGUUUCAGCAGUUGCAUCAACUGAUGCAACAACAAGAAGCUCAGCAGCAGGGGAAAGGGAAUUAGGGCCUCGGUAAAACUUUAUAGCAUUUAAUUAAUAACUAGCCAUCAUACAGGGUGCCCCACAAAAAAGAUGCAAAAACACUAGUACCAGUGGGGUGGAGAACUUCCUCGAGAAAAAUUAAAUCAAAUGAUCUCAAGUCGGUUCAGUGGUUUCAGCUCAAGAGCCAAUUUCGUGAAGCAAAGUAAAGGGUAAUUCAGAGUCAUUAUUGACUUAUUGUAUCAAAAUUAGGUCAAAUCUGUGGUUUCUUGCUCUCGUAGCUGCAGUAUAAACUGGCCUUUUAUGUUCAAUUCACGAGAACAAACUGAAAUUCUGAUAAGUCCGAUAUUGAAUGGAAAGGAGGAAUUGGGUAUUGAAUGACAUGAUAUAUAUGGUUGGUGUUUGUUUAUACUUUUCUCCAAACGAGGUCGUCAAACAUUUUUCAGCAUUCUUAGGGCGGCUAAAUUUGUAAAAAUGUCCAUUGUGGAAUUGUACUGGCUUUAUCUGUGAAGUUAAAAUUUGUUGUUGAAACUCUUUUAUCUGAACAGGCACGUCAUGUUUGUAGAUAUUGUACAUAAUGUGUUUGGUCAUCAAUAUUAUACCCAUACCAAAUGAUAGGUUCCUUGGGUAAGGGAAGUCAUUAAGACAAAGGGCUGAAGUGAGUUAUAAUAAAUUGAUGAGCUACACCCAUUUUGUCUGUUGCUUUAGCUUUACAUCUCAUGAAAUAUGUAGAAACGCUAAGAAAUUCCCUCGAGGUUAGGCUACGUAAGUCGUUAUGCAUUUUUGUUCAAUUGUCUUUAUAAUUUAUCAAUGUAGAUGCUUUAGGUGAUGUAAACUUUACUACUAUGGUGUGUGGUAUUGUAGCAUGUAGUAUGUGUAUCUUUAGUUGUAUUGCCUGUGCAUCUCCGUGUUCAUGAGCAAGAGACUAACCCAAACCUUGCUACCCUCCUCCCCGGAGUAUAAAUGGGUACGAGGUUUGCCAGGGAAGUUUACCUGGGGUGAUGGAACAGCAUCCUUUUCCAAGGGGUGAAACUCUUAGUUGCUUCUACAGAAUCAGCUCCAACCUGAUGAGCCAUUCAAGGCUUGGGUCAUUGUGAGUUUGAUAUAUGCAAGGUUUACUCUCUGCAUGGUGGCUGUUUCAAUCGAAGGAUCAGAUGCUAUUCAGACAGACUGAUGUGCAAUGGUGUAAGUGUAGUAAUUUCUGUUGGCUGUCGGCUUAGAAUGUUUGGUUCUGAUAUUCUUAGUAUGGUAUACUAGAAUAAUUUCAUCUGUAAAUAUAAAUUUUGUGACCAGUAAUUUAUUUUUUAACAUAUGUACAUGUACAUGUAGCUAUAUGAAGUAAUUUAACACUUUAUUUAACAUUUUGCUACGAUCAACAGGCAAAAGAAUGGAGAAUCCCUUCAAAAGGACACAUGCACAUGCAUUUGUGUCAGUUACUGGCAAUUGGGCAUUGCUUUACUUUAAAAAGUUCAUUCAAAAUGGCAAAAUCUUGAUUUCCUCUUGAUGGUAGGUUGCAAAUCAUAUUCUUCAUGUCUUGUUAGGACUAGAGGGAUAUGUACUUGUGACUGAGUUGUCACAUCAUCACUGAGGUUGGUGCAAAAUUUGAAAGCAGGCAAAAUCAAAUAUCAGUGUUGAGGUGUUUUAGAAUAUAUGUGGAAUUGAUACUUCAUGGUUUUGGUUGUCUUACCAAACACUGAUCCGUUGGAGCUGUCAUUUCCCCCAAAACCUCAGUGAGAUACCUCGGUUUUGGCCAGCAUUUUGGCUCCACCCUUGCAGUCUUUGGUGAGACAACCAAUACCAAUGUCAAUUCCUUAGGCAACACCUUCUGUACGUUUUAGUACACUUAUAGACCAACAAACACUGACGACAUGGAAAAGUUGGCUUCUUAUUCCCAAUUGUAAUGGGAAAAACCAACUGCACUCGGGUGGUAACAUGGACUGGGGCUUGUUUGGUUGGCUGGGUGUGCUGGGAGUGAAUAUAAGAGUAGUUACAAUAUAAACUUGUAAAAGAUUGCUUGGUUUUGUAAAUGUUUGGUCUGUCAUUGUAAAUGAUAUAUAUCGAAGUGUGUAUAUUGAUUGAG